AUGGUUGAGAGAAGGAGGUCGAUGAAAUACUCGGCGGGCAUAUCAACAGUAUAUAUAUCAAGAGACCCUUAUCAGGCGUCGAUGUUUGGCAUUACCACCACUAAGAAUGGGCUUCGGCAAUGCUCCUGUUAUUCUGGAUUAAUGGGACCCUCUGUACUUUUCAGGAAACCUUUUUUGGCAGGCGGAAUUGGCAAGAUCCCAUUAAUAAGGACCAUAGCAACUGGAACGAUACUAAAGCUCAACUUUCCUCCAAAGGCAAUUGAUAACAAACUUACCUUUAAGAGGCAAUUUUCCUCGACGAACCAUAUAAAUUUGAAUUGGAAUGAUGACCCCCUAGGUAGAUAUAACAGGUUAAACAGAUUCCAGCAGUAUCAGAGGCAAGGAAGUCGACAGGGCAGCAACUUAAGGCAAAUGACUUUGAUAGGUAUUGCAUCAAUGGUGGCCCUGUUCUUUGGAUCAUCAUAUCUUUUCACAUAUGUUCCGCCGUUCACAUACUACAAGAGAAAACCAAAGGAAUUUGUAUACACCCUGCUGGGUAUCAACAUUGCAAUUUUUGGGUUAUGGCAAUUGCCCAGAUGUUGGAAUUUUCUGCAGCGCUACAUGCUGCUACAGAAGGGUCAUUCUUCCAGUAGUUGGUCAAUAAUUGGAAGUGCUUUUUCCCAUCAAGAAUUCUGGCAUUUGGGUAUGAAUAUGUUAGCCCUUUGGUCAUUUGGUACUUCUCUGGCAACAAUGUUAGGUACCUCUAAUUUCUUUUCCUUGUACAUGAACAGUGCUAUUGGUGGUUCUCUUUUUUCAUUAUGGUACCCUAAGAUUGCUCGCUUGGCGAUGCUGGGGCCCAGUUUAGGUGCUAGUGGAGCAUUGUUUGGUGUGUUUGGUUGCUUUGCUUACUUGAUACCCCAUGCCAAGAUUUUGCUGUUUGUCUUCCCUAUACCAGGUGGUGCUUGGGUAGCUUUCCUGGCAUCAGUUGCUUGGAACGCGGCAGGGUCUGCAUUAAGAUGGGGAUCCUUUGAUUACGCGGCGCAUCUCGGCGGAUCUGCUAUUGGAGUUUUUUAUGGCUGGUUGAUUAGCAAGACAAUACAAGAGAAGAAAAACAGACGUCUGGAAAGGGCAUCUAGGUGGAUAUGA